GAGAGAGAAAGAGAGAGAGAGGGGUAGAGAGAGGUGCUGUUUACAUAGUGAUACACAAGUCCUGAGCCAAAGUCAAACAAGAAAGAACUUGUUAGGAAGGAUGGUGUCAUUCCUUUUCCAGAGCGAGAAGCACAGGGGGAGGGUCUAGUAGCUGGAGAGAGGGGAAGAGACAGAAAAAGAGAAGUUACCGUUACAGUCAACUCUUACUCAGCUGCCACCUACAGAGAGAGGGAGAGAGAGGGAGAGAGAGAAAAGAAGAAGAGGAACAAAAGACAGAGGUGGAAGUAAAAAAGGGAAGAGAUCCACACUGACAGGAUAAAUACACAAAAUGGAGGACUCUAACAGCAGUAAGCCGGUCAUGGUGACAUCCUCUCUGAAUUUCAAAGUCACCACACCGUCCUUCUACAACCAGCCAAAGAAGUUUGCCUCGGUGGCACCCCCACGGCCAAAAAGCCAGACACCUCCCUCCGCUCCGUCACCAACACCGAUAGGCACGGGUCUGAUUGGUCGCGUGGGAGAUUUGCCCAUGCCACCCCCUACGCUCUGUGAUGACUUCCCACCCCCUCCUCCUCCUCCUCCGCUGGAUGAUGACCUGCCAGCACCUCCCCCUGAAUGCCACACCUUACCCACCGCCUCUGACGCUCCCCCUCCCGCCUUCCCUGCUCCACCUCCUGUAGCAGACGACCUGCCUCUCCCGGCUCCCCCCGAGGAGAGCGCCUGUCCGCCCGCCUGCCCCUCUCCCCCUCCUCCCCCACCCCCUCCACCACUCCCCGUUUCUGGCACCAGUAUUCCCAGUGCUGCCUUGAGCCCACAGAGAAUGAUGGCGAAACAGAGUAGUUUUGAUCAACAGCUUGACUCUCUGACUGACCUGCUGUCUGAGAUGGAGAACAGGGGACCUUUUAACCCCAAGUUACCGAGCCAGUAUUCUUCCGCACCAGCCCCCAAGCCUUCAGCUCCGCCCCCGACUGCUCCCAAACCAGCGCUCUCCUUCCUCCCACCUCCUGAGAUGGGAGACCGCCCACCUCCAGCACCUUGGGCCGAAGAACUCAAAGCCAGAACGAACCGUCAAGCCAAUCACAACUCAGCACCAAACUCCGCUGCUCAGCCCUUUUCCAAGGCCCCGGCGGUGGCGCCCAAGUCAGGUUUCGGUGGGAGAACGACCAAUUCGUCUGCCUCUCUGGCGCAAAAACUGAACCAGAAUCUGAACCAGAACCCCACCAUCGUCAGUAUAGCACCAAAACCAUCUCCUCCCUUUGCCACCAGCUCUUUCCCUCCACCACCUGCAGCUCCCCCCGCACCUUCUACUCCACCAAACAACAUGGUGGCUGCACCAUCGUCUAAUCACAUAAAGAGUUCUCCCUUUGCCAGUCAAGUCAAUGCGAACCAAAACCCUCCUGCAGCUGUGCCUCCCCCUCCUCAACCCAAGAUGAUGACAUCUCCGCCCUCUUCCUUUAACCAACCAAUGAAAUCUCCCCCUGCAUCAACGCCAUCACCCCCCGGCCCAGUUGCUAUCCCAGGUGGAGGUGUUCCUCUGAACAUGAGAGAAGUGGAGGAGCUGGAGAGAAUGACCCAGGACUUUAUUAAAAACAUGGACAAACAUGCACCUGUCAUCACCUCCCCUCCGACAGAGGUUUGUGGGAAAUGUGGCGAGUCUCUGUCACGUACUCAACCAGCAGUGAGAGCCAUGGAUAAACUCUUCCACUCAAACUGCUUCUGUUGCAUGAGUUGUCAUCGCCCCCUGCAGGGCAUGCAGUUCUAUGACAGGGAUGGUUGUCCUCAGUGUGAGGACUGCUACAUGGGUUCCCUGGCUGUCUGUUCCCGAUGUGGCGAGAGGAUCACAGACCGUGUGCUGAAGGCAGUGGGCCAGUGUUUCCACUCCCACUGUUUCCGCUGCAGCACCUGUUCCUGCGUACUUGAGGGUGCGCCCUUCAUCACCGACGACAACAACAACCCCUACUGUGUCCAGGACUACCACAGGCGUUUCUCUCCUCUGUGUGUGAGCUGUAAUGAGCCCAUCAUUCCUGCCCCAGGCAGCGAGGAGACGGUCAGAGUGGUGGCUCUCGACAAGAACUUCCACCUCAAGUGUUACCGUUGUGAGGACUGCGCUCGCCCCCUCUCCAUAGAAGCAGAUGAAAAUGGCUGCUACCCAUUGGAUGGUAAAAUCCUGUGUAUGAAGUGCCACACCAAGCGAGCCAAGCAAGCUGCACAGUGAUCGUGUGAAACAAUGAACCAAAUCCAAAAGCACAGGAUUCACUCAGCUACCGAUUUGCCUUUGCAACAGGGCUCUGUUCAGUAUGUGUUUGCAGGUGUGAAUGUGAAUGUGCUGAGUGAAAGUGUUUGCAUGCAGAUACAGUGUAGUACUCCCCAGUCUCUGUUCACUUCAGUGCAGAAGUAAUGUACUGCAUUGGGUCAUCGUUUAUUCCCCAUCUCGAACUCAUCUAUCUCUCAUUUAGCCUUCGUUGUGAGCUAGAGCAUAUUUUUUGUACCAAUCCCACGUUUACUCAAAAAAUUUCCAGCAUAACUUGCACAAGAACAGUUUGGUCAAAAAGAGCAGUGUGAUGAAAAUAUAAAGUGGCCUUUCUUUGUUUUUCUGGCCUCAGCAUUGUUGGUAGCACCAUUUACUGAGAUAUUUCCAUCUUAAGACUUUCACUGGCUGGUCUGUUUCCCUGUGAACGUGGUAACUACACUGAUGUUACUGAAACAGAUUGUUACCAUAGGGUGAGGUGUUUUCAGAACCUCCAUUCAACCAUUCCACAGUUGUUACCACUCUGGCUCUGUUGAUAGAGCACAUCUUUAACACUUUGGCAGUUGCUGUGCCUGCAAGCAUGGUUAAUGAUGCUAUGAUGCUUCCCUAGAAACUGCUUUCUAUCAGCCGAUCUACUCUGAUACCUUUGUAAAGUCUUCUAGGGCUAAAUGUUGACUGCAAAAACAGAUAAAAACAGUGAAUGUUGUUCUUA